AUGGCAAUCGCGUGGGGGCGGCGACUGCUGACAGCGCUCGUGGGGAUACCAAUGGCGCUCUGCCUGUUGAUCUCCGACCUCGGCAUGCUGCUCCUGGCUACAGCUUUGUGCUGCCUGUCACUCAUCGAGUUCACUUGCAACAUCUGUCCACCGAUCGUGGCGCCAUCAAAGACAGUGGCGAAGGAGCCCUUGCAUCGCCUGCUUGUAGUUGCGUCAGGCGCUACGUUGUGUGUAGGCGCAUGGACUGGCAGUAAAUUAGUUUAUAACGCCGUACGUCUCGGGACGAUGCUGGCAACCUCUACUUUCCAUGUUGCCACUGCGAGAAAAGUAGACCACACAUCGUUGAUCAAGUUGUUGCUAGACCUUUUCGCGCUGCUCUACAUCGUAGACGGCUUUGGCCACGCCAUUUUGCUACGGUAUAGCUCCGUCAAGUACGGACUGGGAUUGCAGCUGCUUGGACUUUGCUGCGCUUGGGUCUGUGAUAGUGCUGCUCUUCUCGCAGGGUUCUCUAUGGGCAGCAAAAAGCUGGCACCGGUUGUAAGUCCUGGCAAGACGUGUGUCGGUACCGUCGUUGGGAUUGUCUCGAGUAUCACCACAGUACUGGGUAUGUUUGCGUUUUCGGACUCCAUGACCGCGUUGCCAGUAAUGAGAGAAAAGUGGCUGCACUGCCAGCUACCCCCGCCAGAGAUGGUACCUUUCGCACACCAAGUGGCGUUGGGUACCGUGCUUGGUGUCUUGUGCAUCGUUGGGGACCUCGUAGAGUCAUUCGUUAAACGCGUGGCCGGAGUAAAAGACUCAGGGACCUUUUUUCCAGGUCACGGUGGCUGUCUCGACCGCAUGGACAGCUUCUUGUUUGUCGCGCCGUGUCUGUAUUACUACUGCCAGUUCGCACUCACAUAG